CUGUACCUGACCGCUCCGCUGAGCUCAGUGACCACCCACGCUAGCAUCCAGCCAGAGAGACGGAGAGAGUGCUGCAGCUUCCCUCUCAUCCUCCAGCCUGCUCUUCUCCAGCAGAAGCGCUCCUCCUGUCCUCCUUUCUCCCUCAGCCUCCCUCCAAUCCGACCAUGCACCUGCUCUGAUCCGGUUGCUAAGGCGCUGAAGCCCAGGCGUGGAGGAGUGGACGAAGGCAGGACUUUGUUGCUAAGCCGGAGCGUGUGGAAGGGAAGAGGGGGAGCAUGGCCCAGUCCUCUCCGGAGCAGGGAGCGGUGGGGACCGCCGACCCGGAGGAAGACUCCCCAAAUAUGAUCGUCUACAGGAAGAUUGAGGAUAUAGUGACCCGAAUCCAGGAUGAGACUGAAGGAGUGCCCAUCAGAACGGUUAAGAGCUUCAUGUCUAAGAUCCCAAGUGUGGUCACAGGGUCUGACAUUGUUCAGUGGCUGAUGAAGAAUCUCUCCAUUGAAGAUCCAGCCGAGGCCUUGCACAUUGGAAGCUUGAUUGCUGCUCAGGGUUACAUCUUCCCCAUCUCUGACCAUGUGCUCACCCUGAAGGAUGAUGGGACGUUUUACCGCUUUCAGGCUCCAUACUUUUGGCCGUCUAAUUGCUGGGAGCCCGAGAAUACAGACUAUGCCAUCUAUCUGUGCAAGCGGACCAUGCAGAACAAGACACGGCUGGAGCUAGCAGACUAUGAAGCGGAGAACCUGGCGAGGUUGCAGAGAGCGUUUGCAAGGAAGUGGGAGUUCAUCUUCAUGCAGGCUGAGGCUCAGGUCAAGAUCGACAGGAAAAAGGACAAGACGGAGAGAAAGAUCCUCGACAGCCAAGAAAGAGCCUUCUGGGAUGUCCACCGACCAGUGCCAGGCUGUGUCAACACCACAGAAAUGGACAUCAGGAAGUGUCGACGCAUGAAAAACCCUCAAAGAGUCAAGAAGUCAGUGUAUGGAGUGGCUGAAGACACACAAACACAGAGUCCUGUACACACACACCCGCAGCCCAGCAGGAAGGACACCAAAGAGGACGUAGAGAAAGAGAUUCUAUUCCUGAACACUCAGCUGGACAGGCACUGUAUGAAAAUGUCCAAAGUAGCGGAAACGCUGAUGAGCUACACAGAGCAGUAUCUGGAAUACGACCCAUUUGUGUGCCCCCCUGAGCCAUCCAACCCCUGGAUCGGUGAUGACUGUACUUUCUGGGACCUGGAGUCCAGUAAAGACCCCAGCCAGCAGAGGGUAAGGAAAUGGGGUUUUUCACUGGAUGAGGCUCUGAAGGACCCAGUGGGCCGUGACCAGUUUCUUAAGUUUCUUGAGUCUGAGUUCAGCUCGGAGAACCUGCGAUUUUGGUUGGCGGUGCAGGAUUUGAAGCGGCGCCCCCUGCAGGACGUGCCAGUCCGCGCUCAGGAGAUCUGGCAGGAGUUUCUGGCUGAAGGUGCUCCCAGCUCCAUCAACCUGGACUCACACAGUUACGAGCGCACCAGCCAGAACCUCAAAGACCCUGGCCGCUACAGCUUUGAGGAUGCCCAGGACCACAUCUACAAGCUCAUGAAAAGCGAUAGCUACACCCGCUUCUUGCGCUCCAGCACGUACCAGGACCUCCUGCUGGCCAGAAAGAAGCCUGAAAGUGAACAAGGCCGUCGCACCUCUCUGGAGAAAUUCACCCGCAGUGUGGGUAAGUCUCUGACGGGGAAGCGCCUGACAGGCCUCAUGCAAUCCUCCUGACGAGGCCUGGGACUGGACUAACCCAGCCAAGCCCAGAGGAGCUGCGGUCUGCUGGGGUGGACGUAGUAUGACUGUAGUCAUCUACUCAGCCAACAUAUGGACCAGCUGCUAGCUAUCCUGACAGUGCAGCUAUGGACUCUAGAUGGCAUGCAAUAAGUCAAAGAAAACCUUACAAACGGGGACAGUGUCAUCUGUAUUUAACCAAUUAUAUACAACCUUUGAUUCAGCUACAAUGACUGCACAUAUGAAUGUCAGAUUUUUACUUCCAGGAUUACCAUGUGUUUAUUUGAUAUUUCUUACCAGCAGUGAUGGUGGGAAUGAACACCCACUGCAUUGAUUGCCAUUUAAAAUAGCCUCUACCCCCAGUUCAUCAACUUUUUCAUGACUGGAGAUGUGAAGAGUGGUGAUAUGCUAAGCCAGUAUGUGAGCGGAUGGUGGUGCGAGUGGAUGGUCCAUAGGGACGUGUGCCUUCUAGGCUGCAGAACAUUCCAAAAGAAGAGAAAAAAGUAGCAAGGGCUCCUCGUCUCUGUGUACUCUUGGCAAGGUUUGCACAGUUUUGAUAUGACUGUAUUGUGUUUGUAAGAAAAGCUGUUUGAAGUGUUAAUGGAUGCAGUUCAACCUAGCUGGAUUCUGAUCGACAGUCUGAUUUGAACCUUCUUCUUCUUCACAGUUCAUGGAAACAAUAUACAAUGUACAAUGUUGUUGCAGGUUUUGCUACAUUAUGAAAUUCCUGAGCAGAGAUGUGCAAGGAGCACAUGGGUAUGACUAUGACUGUCCCAGUCAAUCUCGCUGACGGAUUAACACUUUUUAGUACAAUAACCAAACACGUGAUAAAUUCUCCUACUGACAUUUGCGGGUGUAUAAACCUCAGUUCCAAAAAAGAUUACAGUCUGUGACAUGCUAAUAAAAUCAGAAAGCAGUGAUUGGGAAAUUCUGUUUGACCUGUAUUAAAUUGAAAACAGUAUGAAACACAAUGUUUUAUGUUUUAUCUAACUUUAUAUAUUUUUUCUAAAUAUUUAUGCUCAUUGCAAACUUUAACAUGUUGCAAAAAAGUUGGGACUGGAGAAUGUUUACCACCACCUUUCCUUAACAGCACUUCAUAAUUAUUUGGGGACUAAAGACCCCAUAUUAUCUAGUUUUGCGGAGUUUAUGCCAUUCUUCAAGUCUUCACCUAUGCAACCAUACAGGGCCUUGGUUGACAUAUUUUGUGCUUAUUAUGCGGCACACGUUUUCAGUGGGAGACAGGUCUGGACUGCAGGCAGGUCAGUCUAACACCUGCUUUCUCUAAUUGCACAGCCAUGCUGUUGUAACACAUGCAGAAUGUGGCUUGGUGUUUUCUUGCUGAAACAAACAGGAACAUCCCAGAAAAGGACAUCAGUGUUGCCCCAAAAUGGAUAUGUACCCCUCAGCUUUAAUGGUGCCUUCACAGAUGUGCAAAUUACCCACCACAUACCCCACACCAUGACAGACCCUGGCUAUGCUGGUAUGCUGGUAACAAUUGGUUGGUACCUUUCUUCCUUGGUCCGAAGAAAGCAAUGUAUAUUUUUCCAGAAAUUAUCUGAAAGGUUGACUUGUGAGACCACAAUACAUCUCCACGGUGCAUCAGUCCAUUCCAGGUAAGCUCGAGUCGAGCGAGUCAGUGGCGCUUCUGGAUAUUGUUGACAUAUGGCUUACAUUUUGCAAAGUAUAGUCUUGUAAUUGUGGAUGCAUUAAUAAACUGUGCUUACUGACCAUGGUUUGUCAAAGUAUUCCCAAACAUGGGCAUAUUGUACCACCUGUUUAAGGUGUUUUUUGAACAUUUAACAACAUUCCCAGUUUUAAAUUGCUUCUGUCCCAACUUUUUUGGAACAUGUUGCAGCUAUUAAUUUCAGAAUGCAUAUAUUUACAAAAAAACAAUGAAGUUAAUAAGGUAUAACAUUACAAAUAUUGUCUUUAUACUGUUUUCAUUCAAAUACAGGUCAAAAUGGAUUUACAAGUCACUGCUUUUGGUUUUAUUUGUAUUUCAUGUACAUCCCAACUUCUCCGGAAAUAGGAUUUGUAGUAAAAUGAACAAGUUUGAAGGGUUUAUUCAUGAAUAUUUUUUUAUACAAAGCAUCUUAGCUAUGAACUAAAAAGAGAAGUAAUCUACCUAAACCUAAUGUAGAACUAUAUAUGUGUCAAAACCACAGAUGUAGCUGGUCCAUGUUAAGUGUAUUCAUCUAGCUUGCCUGCCCAAAUGAAAAUGUAAAUAUAGUCUGAAUGUUAAAGAUGUAUGCUUCAAGAGUAGUAUUAUGAAGGUGAUAAAACACACGUAUAUUAUAUUUCACCCCUCCAAAGAUGGUCUGCACACACAGAGGACCGCAAUUAAGGACAAAGUCCUUUACUUACAGCAGAGACUGUCCAGGCUUGUGGACAUUUAGGUUUUCAGCAUUGCCUCAUUCAAUCUGCUGGACCUGGACUGCUCGCUAUUGCUGCCACUUGUGGAACGUUGUGUAGCACUGCCAGAAAUGCAUAUAAAAGAAACUACAGACCCUCUAAAGCCCUUACUGGUCAAUAAUCAGCUCAUGGACUGCCAGGCGGUUGGCCGAGAGACACUACGGAACGUGUUUUCUUCUUGUGUUUCCAGCUAGAACUGCUUUGUUGACAGUGUAUUUAGACUGAAGCGGUGGAAAGUGUAUGUUUGUAUACGUAUUGCAGCCACUCCGCAUAUAGAGAACGCUGUGUAGAAGAAGUUUGAGAGUGAGUAUAUAAUUAGAGGCACAAGUGCUGAAAAGAAGCACAAAACUAUGCAUGGGAUAUUUCUAAAUGAUAUUUCUUUACAGCUUUUAGUUUUUUCAAAGAUAAAAAUGAGUAUUAGUGAAUCACGAUGAUGAAUAGAAGGACGUGACGUCCAGAGUAAACUAAUAAAUAUUCAGUAUCUA